GAAUUUCCUUAUUAUUUUAGAAUGAGUCAAGAAUCGACCCACGGUUAGUACGUUCCGGAGCCGGAGCACGUGAGCGUGCACACGGUGAACACCGAGGGUUCGAGUUUCACGCCUCCGGGUGACGGAGGGCAGUAGCAGAAUCAACCUGAGCCAGCGGGACAGCCACCAGUUGUACCACCCCCAGUCGUACCACCUCCAGUGAUGCCACCGUUGGCGAUACCGCAGGUGGCCUACGAGCAGAUGUUCCCGGCCAUGAUGGCCCAUUAUAUGCAGCACAUGGCGCAGCUUAUGCCCAUGUUCCAGCCACCGCCACCACCACAGCCGCAGCCGCGCAUCGUUACCUUCAAGACAUUGAAGGAUAAUGGAGCGGAAGAGUUUCGAGGAGACAAGAUGGGGGAGCCCCAGAUUGCGUUGGAUUGGCUUGAACAGAUGGACCGGGAUCGCUUUGAUCGAGCUUUCACGAAAGAGUACGUCCCCACCCGAUACCGCGAGGAGAGGCGCGAUGAGUUCGUUGCGCUUAAGCAGGAGGGGAUGUCACUGCCUGAACUGAGACAGAAGUUCGACUACCUGUCCCAGUAUGCGACGAGUCUAGUCUCCACUCCGGAGGAUCGUAUGAAUGAGUUCGUCAAGAAGCUACGGCCGGACUUGAGGCCGUACGCCGCGCUGAUCACGAAGACAGAUUUUAAUGCGGCGUACGAUUUGAGUGUGAAGACGGAAAAGAGCUUGGACGAUUUGCAGGCGACCAAGAAGGAGGAUCGAGCGACGAAAGACCCGCGACCUGCGGCCAGCACCGGGCCGAGCGGGAAGAGUUUUGGAUUCGGAGGAAAGAGGUACGAGAAGGGAUCUUCGAGUGCGCCGCCGCCUAAGAGGAGUAAGUCGAAGCCAUCUCCGUCGGCCGCCGCUAGCAACGCGAUCAGAACGAAGAGCCACCCGCAGUGUGUACAGUGUGGUAGGCAUCACCAGGGCGAGUGUUGGCUCGCCCAAGGCUUAUAUUUGGGUUGUGGUCAGCUAGGGCAUUUCAGGAGGCAUUGCCCGACAAACCCUAGCAGCGAGCCUGUUUUUCCUAGAGCUCCGGAUCAGCCUACCGCAUCGCAUCCAGCACGGAGUCAGCAGUCUACAGCCGCAAAUAAUCAGUAGAGACCACGUCCGCAGCAGACAAGCCGUGCACCAGCGCGUACCUACGCCAUGCAGGGGCGCACAGAUCCUAAUCCCGAUGUUAUCUUGGG